UCUCACCUUACGGAAGCCGGGAAGGAAGGGGGCGGGGCCGAGGCCGGCGGGCGCGGGGAAAAUGGCGGCGGCAGCUGCAGCUGCGAACGGGACCGGAGGGAGCAGCGGGAUGGAGGUGGAUGCAGCAGUAGUCCCCAGCGUGAUGGCCUCCGGAGUGACUGGGAGUGUUUCCGUCGCUCUCCAUCCCCUUGUCAUUCUCAACAUCUCAGACCACUGGAUCCGCAUGCGCUCCCAGGAGGGGCGGCCUGUGCAGGUGAUUGGGGCUCUGAUUGGGAAGCAAGAGGGCCGAAAUAUCGAGGUGAUGAACUCCUUUGAGCUGCUGUCCCACACAGUGGAAGAGAAGAUUAUCAUUGACAAGGAAUAUUAUUACACCAAGGAGGAGCAGUUUAAACAGGUGUUCAAGGAGCUGGAAUUUCUGGGUUGGUAUACCACAGGGGGGCCACCUGACCCCUCGGACAUCCACGUCCACAAGCAGGUGUGUGAGAUCAUUGAGAGCCCCCUCUUUCUGAAGUUGAACCCUAUGACCAAGCACACAGAUCUUCCUGUCAGCGUUUUUGAGUCUGUCAUUGAUAUAAUCAACGGAGAGGCCACAAUGCUGUUUGCUGAGCUGACCUACACUCUGGCCACAGAGGAAGCAGAACGCAUUGGUGUAGACCACGUGGCCCGAAUGACAGCAACAGGCAGUGGAGAGAACUCCACCGUGGCUGAACACCUGAUAGCACAGCACAGUGCCAUCAAGAUGCUGCACAGCCGCGUCAAGCUCAUCUUGGAGUAUGUCAAGGCCUCUGAAGCAGGAGAGGUCCCCUUUAAUCAUGAGAUCCUGCGGGAGGCCUAUGCUCUGUGUCAUUGCCUCCCAGUGCUCAGCACAGACAAGUUCAAGACAGACUUUUAUGAUCAAUGCAAUGACGUGGGGCUCAUGGCCUACCUCGGCACCAUCACUAAAACGUGCAACACCAUGAACCAGUUUGUGAACAAGUUCAACGUCCUCUAUGACCGACAAGGCAUUGGCAGGCGAAUGCGCGGGCUCUUUUUCUGAUGCGGGUACUUGAAGGGAUGAUGGACAGGGGUCAGGCAACUGUCCCAAAGGGGAGGGCACUGCACUCCCUUGAGAAACCGCUGUCAUUUAAUAAUAAAAGGGGAACAGCCCCUGAGCACCCCUGCCGGUGGCUCUGUCCUCUC